UUCAGUGCUUAUCAUAAUAAUUUUCCCUUCAUACACCACUUUUAAGUAAUUGAUAUGGCUGCUAUUUGUUCAGGUUCUCACUAUGCAAAGGGGCAGGUAUGGAAAUCUCACAGCUGCAGCAUUGGCUAAGUCACAAUACAUAAGUCCUGGACUGCUUCGUCAGCAACAUGCGAAGCGAACCUAUCCAAAUAUCAGUAGCGGUGCACCAAUCCACAACAACAGUAAUGUAGGCACCAAUGGUGCUCAUACUUCAAUCAAGAAAGCUACUAGUUUCAAGAACCAUUUCCAAGUACCUGAGGAUAAUCCAGAACAUGGAGAUGAAUUAGAUGAUCUGUGUGAUAGGACAAUGAAUACACCGAAGUCCAAAGGUGCAUAUUUUGCAUAUGCUAGCUCUGAACCAGAAGAUGAAGACACAGAUUGGUCAGAUUGGAACAAGAAAGCAAAGAAGUUCUUAUCCAAGAACAAAGAUCUAGUUGAUCAAGAUAGGAUGCAUGCUGGAUGGAGCAGAGAUGAUGGAAGGUCUGUCGAUCAAGACGGAUUGUCUAAUAAUGAUAACAUGGAGACUGAAGAAGCACAAGAGGAUCAGCAUCUUGCAGAUAGAUUAAAUCGUGACAAAAAAGUUGAAAAGAAACAAGGUCAUGGAAAAAACAAAUGUAAGAAGGUUGCUAAACUAAAGGCAGGCGAGAAAAUUAAAGUGAGGUUCUAUAACAAGAGAGCUUUAUCUAAAACAUUCUCACGACAGUUUGGUAGAAUUGUGCGUGAUCUUAACAUCACUCCAAUAAGGGUCAAGAAAUGGACAGAUAUAAGUCCAGUAGCUCAGAAGCACAUUUUUGAUGCAAUUAAGGACAAGUUCGAAAAUGCAGACCAAAAUAUUGAACUUGAUGUCUACGAAAAUGAGAUCAUGGAGCAUGCUAGAGAUCUAUGGAACAAUUGGCGUGGAGACUUAAAUCGGCAUUUUGUUAAGCCAGCAAGGAAUAUGCAACAUGCUAUUAAGAAUUGUCCUCAAGAGAUUCCAAAAGCAGAUUGGGAGUGGCUUGUCAAAGAACAUUUCUACAGCAAGGAGUUCACAGAAAAAAGCAAGAGAAACUCCAAAAUAGAUCUAGCUUAAAAAAAUUCAUCAUCGCAGUGGCAGCAAACCUUUCAGACAGAUCAUCUGGGACAAUGGUGGCAACGAAAACAAGCCUCCAAGUUUGGACACAUUAUUUUCUAUCACUCACACAAAGGGUGGAACUUUUGUGGAUUCUGAAACCUCCAGCAAGCAUGUAAGUUUAUAAUUCCACAU